AUGACAACUACUACUGAACGAACAGUUAUUAAUAUGGAACAAAAACCAGCAGUAGCACAUACUCUUGUUAUUAAUGAACCAAUAAACUCACAACAGGUAUCACUAGAAACAGUUAUUGUCAAUGAUCCGAAAAAUUUAUUAGCAACAUCAGUAGAAAAAGUUGCUGUAACGGAUACAACAGAAUCAGAUAAAUUACCGUCCAGUGGUGCUAGUAAAAAGGCAUUAAAUAAAAAACUUUUUGGAUCAGGUAUAUCACUUACUACUGUGGUUCUAGUCAUUAUUCCACUUUUACAAUUAGUUGUUGGUUGGCGUUAUGCAGACAACUGCCCUGCUAAUUGGCAUAUACCACAUUAUUUAGUUGUAUCAGGUAUUAUCGGACUUACUCUUAUUAUAUUAGAUAUUAUUUUUGAUCUUUUGGCAUCAUAUGCUAAAUCGAAGUUAGAUGAUACUACUCUUCGAGCUUCUCAUUGUGGAGCUUGUUGUGGUCUUUGUGGCCUUUUAAUAGUUAUUAUCUGUCUGAUCCUAUUUCUCGUUGGUUGGUUUAUUGCUGGAUGUAUUUGGGUAUUUCGAGUAUGGAAUAAAAUUCAGUACAACGAUCCACAUGGAUUUGAUUAUUGCCAUCCGAUAUUAUAUCGUUUUGCAUUUUGGCUACUUCUUCUAUCAAUUAUAUAUAUAUAUUAG